CUAUCGCAGCUGCAGAUGGAAAUUCAAUGAGCGCUUCGGGUGACAAUGAUAGUAAAGACUCACAUCCAAAUGCUGAGAAAGAGUGGUUCCACGAAGAUAUGGAUAUAUCACAUUAUCAUCAUGUAGAUGACUUCGAAGAAGAUUUUGAAUCAGAUAACGAUUUCGAUGAAUCAUACAGUAGUCGUGGCAAACGUAAACGUGGAUCACGUUCGCGAAGAGUAAAUACUACUUUGGAUGGUACCCCAAAACGUGGACGUAAAGCACGCCGACGCACAACUGGUCCUGAUGGUGAAGUUGUUGAUGGACGUCGACGACGUGGUGGGAAUAAUACUGCAGUGGCAGCGGCAUCUGCAGCAGCUGCUGCAGCCGCACAUGUUCCACCUAUAGUUGCUAGCAAUUCAAAUUCAGCUUCACCGAUUGCCACGCAUGACGAGACAUCUCAAUCAUUACUGGGUGUACCGACCACAGUAGUGCCGCAUUUGUCUACACUUGAUAAAUCAACCAGUGAUACUGGUGCUUCAAAUGAUGCUACAUCAUUGGCUAGUACUAGUGCAACAUCACCUGUUGCUCCGGCAACUCUUGCAGGUGCAAUUACACCCGCCAUUAACGCAAGUCCCAAAAAGGAACCUAAGAAUAAAUUACGUGCUGAUCGUGAAAUAGCGCAACCAUCACCGUAUUGUGAUUUUUGUUUAGGCGAUCAACGUGAAAAUAAAAAAACAAAUCUACCCGAAGAGCUGGUAUCAUGUUCAGAUUGUGGUCGUUCUGGACAUCCUACUUGCUUACAAUUCACACCGAACAUGAUUAUUUCAGUGAAGAGAUAUCGUUGGCAAUGUAUUGAAUGCAAAUACUGUUCGAUAUGUGGCACCUCUGAUAAUGAUGAUCAGUUAUUAUUUUGUGAUGACUGCGAUCGUGGUUAUCAUAUGUAUUGUUUGUCACCGCCAUUGAUAACACCACCUGAAGGUUCGUGGAGUUGUAAGCUAUGUAUGGAAGAAUUCCAUAAGGAAAAUCAGUAAAACCAUUAGCGUCAAGCUUAAUGCAGUUGGUAAUCGUUAACAUUUAAUUAUAAAAUGUGGGUAUGUAUGAUUACGUUGCGCUGGACUUUAUUUACAUUAAUCUAUCGUUUAGAUAUACAUAAACCAUUAGACCGGAACAGAAUUAAAAAUUAGUUAUUCGGCAAAAUUUGUAUAGUUAAUCUUGGCGGCUUAUAGAGAAAUUUUUCUCGAUCACUAAUACUUCUAUGACUUUAGUACUAAUUCUAACAGAGGAGAACUUAACUAUUAUUUUUCGUUGCACAGUAACGUAAUUAUUUUUAUAAUUCAUCU